AUGUUGAUUUGGUGGCUUCCGCUCGGUUUGCUCUUCGGCUUCAUCGUGUCGCCCACCUUGGGCUUCCACUUCGUGCAACCGCUCUGCAGCCCGUCCAGGAGCCAGCUCAUGACCGGCAGGUACCAGAUCCACACGGGCCUCCAGCACUCCAUCAUCCGAGCCACCCAGCCCAGCUGCCUCCCCCUGGACAACGUCACUCUGCCGCAAAAGUUGAAGCAGGCCGGCUACUCCACGCACAUGGUGGGCAAGUGGCACCUGGGUUUCUACAAACGCGGCUGCCUGCCCACCCGGCGCGGCUUCGACAGCUUCUUCGGCUCGCUCCUGGGAAGCGGCGACUACUACAGCCACUACAAGUGCGAGGGGCCCGGCAUGUGCGGCUACGACUUGCACGAGGGCGAAGAAGCCGCGUGGGAGCAGGACCGCGGCUUGUACUCCACGCUGAUGUACACGCAGAAGGCCGUCGGGAUCUUAGCCAAUCACAACCCCAGCAAGCCCUUAUUCCUCUACUUAGCCUAUCAGGCGGUGCAUUCCCCGCUUCAGGUUCCGUCUCGCUACCUGGAGCGCUACAAGGGGAUCGUGAACCCUCACCGUCGCAAAUACGCAGCCAUGGUCUCCUGCCUGGACGAAGCCGUACGCAACCUGACCCUGGCGUUGAAACGCUACCAUUACUACGACAACACGGUCAUCGUGUACUCCUCGGACAACGGGGGGCAACCGCUGGUCGGCGGGAGCAACUGGCCCCUCCGGGGGAGCAAGGCCACGCUGUGGGAGGGGGGCAUCCGAGCGGUGGGUUUCGUCCACAGCCCCCUGUUGGCCAAGAAAGGCACCGAGUGUCGCUCGCUGGUGCAUAUCAGUGACUGGUUCCCCACGCUGGUCACGUUGGGCGAAGGGACUCUGGACGAGGACCUCAACCUGGACGGCUACGACGUCUGGGAAGCCAUCAGCGAAGGGCUCCCCUCGCCCCGCCAGGACAUCCUCCACAACAUCGACCCCAUUUACGUGAAGGCCAAAAACGGUUCGUGGAAAGCCGGCUACGGCUUGUGGAACACGGCCGUGCAGGCGGCGCUGCGCGUGGGCCACUGGAAGCUGCUGACGGGGGUGCCCGGUUACAGCGACUGGGUGCCCCCUCAGACCUUCAACACGCAGCGGCUGACUCUGCGCUGGCACAGCGAACGUGUCCGCUGGGACCGCGGCAAGUCCCUGUGGCUGUUCAAUAUUACCUCAGACCCCUACGAGCGGGUGGAUUUGUCGCAGCGCUACCCACACGUGGUCAAGAAGAUGCUCAUGCGGCUCGUGCAGUACAACAAGACGGCGGUGCGAGUGCACUACCCGGCCAAAGACCUGCGCUCCAACCCGCAGUACAACGAUGGCGUGUGGGGGCCCUGGUACAAGGACGAGAUCGGGGACAGAUACGACCACCUGUUGACUAACCAUCUGAGUAGCAGAGGGGGCUGGAACAGAAAAAUUCAAAAGUAGCAGGCCGGGCGUCUUCGUGGAAGACGGAAUGUUUCUCAGGGAUCACUCGGGACUUCCCGUUGCGGAAUUACAACCACGAGGGGGGAACAUGAGAAACUUGUGGGCCCCGUCAGACCAGUUCAUCUUAGAAUGCACCAAGAAUAAUGUUGUGAGAUUAAGAAUAAUAGUUUCAUGUUACGAUGACAAAAAAAAAAAGGGAGAAAAAAGUAAUGGCAUGAGGUUGAAGUCAGAAUAUUGCAAAGAGACCAAGUCGGAAUAUACUGUGAAAAAGUCACUUUUCUCCAAAAAAGUUACUUAUGAAAUAAGUCCGAAUGUUGCAUGAGCAAAGUCGUAAAUUCACAAGCAAAAAAAAAAAAAAAUGGCUUCAUGCCAGUAGGAUCAAGACAGAAUAUAUUGACAAAAAACACGUCAUGUUAUCAUGUAUCAAGAAAGUUCGAUAAUGUCAGAGAACGCCAUCAAAAAAGUUACAGAAAUAUAGUCGGAAUAUUACCAAAAAAAAAAAAAAAAUGGCAUGACAAUCCAAGAAAAAAGGGCAGAGUUGGAAUAUCCCCCCCGCCCCAAAAAAAAACACCUCGCGUUCCAAAAAUCACAUUAGUUACUAUUUGGGAAAAAAGUAACAAGUUUGCAAGAAUAAAGCUGUGUUAUAUGUAAAGUUGUGACGAAAAAGGCUACGUUAUAUUACAAAAAAAAAAACUGGUAACAUCAGAAUACGAUAAAAGAUGACAGGAAUGUCUUGAAAUCACACCCCCCCCUCCAAAAAAGGAAAACGUUUGUUACGAAGAUAGGAUAGUCAUAUGAAAAACAUAAUAAUGUUACAUAAAUACUUUUGUAAAACUGUGACGCUUACAGGGGAGUAAAAAUACUACUGUCAUAUCCAAACACAUCCACCACAUUGUAGGCUUUCAAAUGCAAUAGUUUUAGUUUUAGUUUUAGUUUUUUUUUUUUUUUUCUUUUCUUCAACUAUGUUUGUACUUGCCGACUGGUCUCGGGAUGUCUCAAAUGCAAAACAGCCAACAAAAUAAACUCAGUUCUCCGGUUCUGAA